CAAGAAAAGCCUUGAAAGAGGCUCCUUGGGAGGAGGGAGGGCUAUUCCAUUUCUUUUUUCUUUCCUUCCUUCUAGCUCUCUUUAAUCUCUUCACUUUAGAAAAUGUAUCCUUCAAAUCCUCAAGCUUAUGAGAAAUACGGGCCAGAGACACAUCCAAUUCCAGUGCCAAUGCCACCAUCUACAGGUCAUCCAACCGCUCCUAUGCAAAAUUACUCUGCUCCGCCGUAUAUGAACGUUCAAGCUCGUCAUGGUUCGGGCCAGUGGUCAUCAGGUCUUUGCCAUUGCUGUGAUGAUCCCGCCAAUUGUUUGAUCACGAGCUGUUGCCCAUGCAUCACGUUUGGACAGAUUGCGGAGCUAGUAGACCAAGGCUCUUUCUCCUGUCCGGCAAGCGGUGUGGUGUAUGUUCUGCUGGGAGUUACGGGUUUGGCAUGCCUGUACUCAUGCUUCUACCGAUCUAAAUUAAGGGCCCAGCAUGAUUUGGAGGAGACCCCAUGUGCGGACUGCCUGGUGCACUUUUGUUGCGAGCCGUGUGCUUUGUGCCAAGAAUACAGAGAGCUCAAGGGUCGUGGGUUCGACAUGGGAAUUGGGUGGCAGGCAAAUAUGGACAGACGCAACCGAGGAGUCACAUCACCACCGUCCAUCGUCGGAGGCAUGAGAAGAUAGGACUUGUGUCCUGUACUACAUCUCACGUGUUAUAGUCGUCCAUCUCCCCUGUAUUUGCUUGCAAAACCCACCUGCUGUGUGACUAUUUUUUUUUUCUGGGGUGAAUGAUCGCAUGCAUUUAAAGGGUAUGGUACUUUGCAUAUGAUUGAACUGUGAGUGGCCCACUCAUGAUGUUUACGUAGAGUCCAAACAAUGCAGUUGUUGAUCCUCAUUCUCACCAUCCUCAUCUAAAACUGAGGUGGGACACACUCCACUGUGUAAUGUACAAUAACGCCUAAAACCUAUGUAUUCUUGUAUUCUUCAUCCUAGUGGGGUGAACUUGAUGAAUGGAUGGAUGGAUGGCAUGUACGCAACACGGUGGACCCCACAUCCCAUCUCAAAGUUUCUAUGCAGUGGGGACCACGGCUCAAUCAAAUGGUAACUACGGUAGGAUCUGAAUGCCCUUUGAUCA